AUGGGUGCCCACUUGGCCCGACGCUACAUCACUGAAACGGACACAGAGCCAGAUCCUGCAAAGAAAUUCGAGUUUGACCCUACCUUUGGUUUUCCCGAGAGGAAAGAAAGAGAGAUGACUGCAACACAGGAGCAGAUGAACUUGGCCCAAGUCCCUGUGGAGCAGCGAGACUACUGCGCACACCACCUCCUCACACUCAUGAAGUGCAAGAGGGACAACUGGCCUAACUUCCUGGCCUGCAAACAUGAAAAGCAUGACUGGGACUACUGCGAGCACCAAGAUUAUGUAAUGCGUAUGAAGGAGUAUGAGAGAGAACGGAGGCUCCAACUGAGGAAGAAGAGAAUAGAGGCCAAAACUGAAGCUGAAGCUGCAUAA